AUGAUGCGCCGAUCGUCAUCUACACUGCCCUUUCGCCAACUUCUGCGUUCCAACUCUCCCGCCCUCCGCCCAGCCACCGGAGUCGUGGAUGGAUCGCGAAGGCUCCUGCACAAUCGUGGCGGGCAGCCGGCCGGGAAAUUAAUCUCCACCUCAUGCACCCCGCGCCCGCUGCGUGGCGGGUUCCGGCGGGCUCUCGCCUCGCAGGUGCCGCCCGAGGCGGACGAACGGGCCAACAAACCGAAGAAGGUGAACAUCGACGUGGACGAGAUGUUCGCGACACCCGAAGACUCGGGCCAGCACUGGCUGCAAAUGACCAUCAACGACGAUUGGGAACGCGCGCCCGAGGGGCCUGACAUGACGGAGCCAGCCGACCUCAACCUGGCUAAGUAUUUGGGCACGCUCGAUGAAAGAGGCCUGCCCACGGGGCGAGGCAAGCUCUUCUCGCAGGACAACCAGGAGGGAAUCUCCAUCUACUACUUUGGUGAGUUCAAGAACGGCAAGUUCCACGGCAGAGGUCGAUCCGUGAACAUCGAGCACAUCGAGCUGACCAAGGAAGAAAGGAACAUGCUGCCCAAAAACGUGUACCAGUGGACAGGCAAAGAGAAGCUGCUCCAGCUCGGCACCGUAUAUGAGGGCAACUGGGAAGAGGGAAAGAUGCACGGUAAGGGUCGCCUCACCAGCCGCGAUGGGAGCGUGUAUGAGGGCGACUUCUCGAUGGGACAAAGGACCGGCCUGGCCAAGAUGAUCUCCGAUGAGGGCUACUACUUUUACACUGGAGAAUUCGAAGACGGAGCCUACCACGGCAAGGGAACGCUUCGAUCCAAGGCCGGCGAUCAGUUCGAAGGUGAAUUCGAGCGAGGGAUGAUGCGACAAGGCAAGGGGAAGAUGGUGUUGGAGGAGGGAUUCAUCUACGAGGGCGAGAUCUUCGAUGGCGCUCCCAGCGGCUACGGCAAGCAGUACCACCCGAACAAGAAGGAGGGUUACGAGGGACACUUCAAUGACGGCGAGUAUCAGGGCCGAGGCAAGCUUCUUACCCCCGACGGCAGCUUUGUCGAGGGCACCUUCGACAAGGGCAUGCUCGACGGACCCGCCACCCACUUCGAUGCCAAUGGUAACGCCACGCCGAUGGUGUUCAAGAGAGGCGUUCCCCAGCAAGCGUGA